UGCAUUUGAUUUUUCAACCCUCUCUUUCCCGCUCGCUCUCUCUGUUUCCUCAACGGCACUCUCUGUCUCUCACACACUCACACGCUGGAGACACACACAGUAUAUCUUCUUCACUCAUCAGUUCACUCAAUCAAUUUCUCCCACCCCGCUCAAAAGAUCAAUUUUCACUAGAUAAACCUUGAAAUUCCCCAUUAGCUGUUUCAAUUCAUUGAAAUUCAAUUGAAAAAAGGGAGAAUAUAAGAGGAAAACGAAACCCUAGCUGUUGAGUAUCUGCUACUGCUGCAGAGAUGAAUCAAUAUCACAUCUACGAAGCCAUUGGCCGCGGCAAAUACUCUACCGUAUAUAAAGGAAGAAAGAAGAAGACCAUAGAGUAUUUUGCUAUCAAGAGUGUUGAUAAAUCUCAGAAGAGCAAGGUUCUACAAGAAGUUCGAAUUCUUCACUCCCUGGAUCACCCAAAUAUCUUGAAAUUCUAUGCCUGGUACGAAACAUCUGCUCAUUUAUGGCUGGUAUUGGAGUACUGUGUUGGAGGAGAUCUCAUGAACUUACUGCAGCAGGAUACUAAGCUGCCAGAAGAUUCAGUUCACGAUAUGGCUUCUGGCCUUGUUAGAGCUUUGCAGUUUUUACAUUCAAAGGGAAUCAUUUAUUGUGACUUAAAGCCCUCAAAUAUAUUAUUGGAUGAAAAUGGACAUACAAAGCUAUGCGAUUUUGGGUUGGCAAGAAAAUUGAGUGAUAUAUCUAAAACACCUUUUUCACAGUUACCACAAGCAAAGCGUGGGACUCCCUGUUACAUGGCUCCAGAAUUAUUUCAGGACGGAGGAGUCCAUUCUUCUGCAUCUGAUAUCUGGGCUCUUGGUUGUGUGCUAUUCGAAUGCUAUGCUGGGAGGCCUCCUUUUGUGGGAAAAGAGCUGACGCAGUUGAUAAAAUCAAUUCUUUCAGAUCCAACUCCAGCCCUUCCUGGUUCCCCAAGCCGCCCUUUUGUCAACCUGAUAAAUUCUCUUCUGAUAAAAGAUCCAGCUGAAAGGAUACAGUGGCCAGAACUGUGUAGUCAUGCUUUUUGGAGGUCAAAAUUUGACCCAUUGCCUCUACCUUCUCAACCUGCAUUUAUUAAUAUGAUUGAACUUUCAUCUAAGCCAUAUCUAUCAGAACGCAAUGGUGAGAAGCCUCUGCAAAACAAGACCCCAACAAAACAUGGAAAGGAUUCAAAAGGCACUAUUAAACCAGAUGAAAACUCAGUUUUAGAGGUAAAAGGUCGUGAAACACCCAUCAAGGGUGCAUUCAGCAGCCGGAAAACUCAGACAAAGGCUUCAACCAAAAUAGUUGAUGAAAAGCAGAAGGAUAAUUCAAAUACAAGGGGAGUCAACCUUCUUAGGCUUUCAAGAAUUGCGAAAACAAACUUGCAGAGGGAAAAUGAAAAGGAGAACUACCGGCGGCCAUUGCCAAAUGGAUCUGAGAAUGAUGCUGAGGUUGAAAUUAACAAUAAUGAUAUGGAACUUGAUUUUAAUGAGAACACAGAGGAUGAGGUAAAUGAUGAAGCUGAUGGACCUGAAAAUGCAAAUUGUGCUUCUGAAUCAGAUUUUUCAACUCCAACUCAGCAUGAAGGGAAGAUUGAGGAAACCGAUAACAACAAAGGCAACUCAGAGACAUCACCCAUAGUUCAAACUCCCAUCUCAGAUGAGUUUAGAACCUCUGAUCAGGAACCAUCUUCAGAACAUGCUGAACUGACAUCCAUGCCGCCAAGUUUAAGUACUCAGACAACACCAGUGAAGGCAAAGGAUGUUUCUGGACCAGUUGACACUGAGUGCUCAAAAUUGUCUACAAAUAUCUCACAGGUGUUUUGGCAUCCUUCUGACCUCUCAGUCAGGCCCGUGAUGCCUAGCAAAAAGUCUGAUAAAGUAUCAGGGGCGAUUCCAUCCGUGCCGUUUGAUGCUUUUCCAGUAUCUGAUUUUGUCAAAAUGUCAAGGGAGCAGCUUGAUAGUAUGAACAAUAAGAUUGUAGGUAUCUUUAAUGGGAAUACUGCUAUAGGUGAGAAGCAAAAUGUUAUCAGAUACCUUGAGAUGUUAAGCAGUAACAGCGACGCUGCAAACAUUCUGACCAAUGGACCAAUAAUGCUAGUUAUCAUCAAAGUGUUCAGGCAGUCUAAGACUUCAGCUUUGCGAGCUCAACUUGCUUCACUCAUAGGCUUGUUGAUCCGCCAUUCUACUUUUAUUGGAGAUGAGCUGGCAAAUUCUGGAAUUUUAGGCUCACUAACUGAUGGUCUCAGAGAUAGGCAGGAAAAAGUUAGAAGAUUUUCAAUGGCAGCUCUAGGUGAGUUGCUAUUUUACAUAUCUACACAAAAUGAGCAGUUGAGGGUGGGUAAUCCUCCAGAAUCUCCAUCUAAGGACAUUCGUCAUGCGUCUGGCUGGCAGGUCUCAAACCCGUUGAUUUCUUUGGUCUCAUCUGUUCUACGAAAUGGCGAAGAUGACAUGACUCAGCUUUAUGCACUGAGAACAAUAGAGAACAUAUCUAGUCAAGGAGGGUACUGGGCAGCUCGUUUCAUUAGCCAGGAUGUGAUUAGUAACCUGUGCUAUAUCUUUAGGGCUCAAGGGAAACAGGAGAGCAUGAGACUCACAGCCGGAUCUUGUUUGGUACGUUUAGCUCGUUUUAACCCUCCAAGCAUCCUGCGAAUUAUUGAGAAACUCUCCUUUAAGGACACUGCAUCAAGCCUACAUAAGGGUAGUCCACGUGAGCAGCAAAUUCGCUUAAACCUUCUGAACAUGGCCAUGCUUGAAAUCACAAACAUCGGAAAGUACCUUCUUUCCCUGGCAGAGGAUAAGAAUCUCGUCCCUAACCUUAUUUCCCUUAUUGAGCAGGGAAGUGAAAUCUUGAAGGGCAAGGCUCUUAUUUUUGCUGCCCUGCUUUGCAAAAAUGGGAAGAGAUGGUUGCCACAGUUCUUUUGCAAUGCAAGACUUCUAUCAAACGUAGAUAGGCUACUAAAAGAGAAAGACAGCUAUUUGAAACUAUGUUUAGAUGCAUUUGCACAUACUGUGGCAUCAGUUGUACCAGGUUUGCUGGAAACUAUUACUGGGGAGAUUCAGCAAUCGUCGGGUGGGAGACGCCGCAUGCAAUUUGCUGGUCUCGCUAGUCGGAAUUCUGCAAAGAGUAAUAUUAAUUUGUUUCCUGUCAUUCUCAAUCUUCUUGGAAGCUGUUUGUUUAAGCACAGGGUGGUUGAUAGUGGAGUUCUACAACAAUUUGCUAAUCUACUUAGGUUGGCUGAGUCACCAUUCCAGGGCAGAGAUGAGUUCCAGAUAACACUUCUUAAAGUUCUCGAGUCUAUUGCUGAAGAACCUUCUGCUGUUCACCAAAACUGUGACAUUUUCGUUAGUCAGAUUCUUCCCAGUCUAGCUGUUUUAUAUAAAGGCAACAAAGAUGGCGAUGCCAGAUUUUUGUGCCUGAAGAUAUUGUUUGAUUCAAUGGUCAUCUUUCUGAAUGAAACAUCACAGAAUGAGCAAAAAUUAGAGGAUUUGAAGUCCAUAUCAAAUUCUCAUUUCCUUCCUCUUUACCCAUCUUUCAUUGAAGACGAAGACCCUAUUCCUAUGUAUGCCCAGAAACUUCUUGUGAUGCUCAUUGAAUUUGAGUACAUAGAGAUUUCAGACAUACUUCAAACAAAGACCAUUUCACAGUGCUUUGAAUUUCUGCUUGGUGACCUCUCAACUGCAAAUGUAAACAAUGUCAUGCUUUGUUUCACUCUAGCAUCUGCUCCAGAACUAGAGACUAAGAUAUUGUCUCAGCUAAAAGUUGUCAGAAAGAUCGGGAACCUUUUGGAGUUUGUCUGUGCUAAGGAAAUGGAAGAUUUUGUUGAGCCCACUCUUAAUCUGUGUAAAGCAUUCCUUUUGCGCCAAGUGGGCAGUAGGAAAGGAUUUAUUUAUGCUAAAGAUCCGAAUUUACUGUCUGAUAAUUCUUCUGAUGGAAUCAUUGCCCUUGAUCAGCAUGAAUGCAUAAGAGAUAUAGCAGACUUUGGUGACAAUGUUGGGGUCUUGCUCGAGUUGACUAAAUCCAAUGAGAUGAAUGUUGCUGACUUAGCUUCUGAAUGUCUAAUUUUGCUUUUCAUGGCAUCUCCGAGGGAAGCUACUACAGGUUUUUUGACUAACCUAUCAAAAGUCUCCGCCAUCCUGGAGUCUUGGAGUCGAGGCGUUCCACACUUGCUGUUGCAGCGGAUUCUUCAUGCCCUUGGUUAUUCCUGUCGACAAUAUCUAUCAUACUCCAUCAUACUAUCCUUGAGUAAACCGGAGAUAUUGAAAAUAGAAGCUAUUGUUUCAGAAAUCAAAAGUUCUGGUGUACCAGCUCUAGCUGAUGCUGCUUUGCGUGUGGCACUGGAGCUGCAGAGGCUCCCUCGUCGUAUUUGAGAUCAAUAGGGAGUUGAAGGAUGGAUGAUUAACCUGCUGUGCUUAUUCAUGUCAUGAACCUGCUGUAUUUCUUAAAAAAGUACUGACGGUUUUCAAGGCGCAUCUGUUUCUCUGCUUGAAAAUCAAUACAGGAACAGGUUUGACUGUUCAGGAAACACAUUGGAAGAGCCUAAGAAAAGAAUAUCUUAUGAGGCUUAGCUACAACUUCCUGUAUAAUCCAUGUAUACUUGUAGCAUCACUUGUAUUGAGCUGAGUCAUGUUUUUAAAAAUUUUAAGCAUAUGUUCCCA